UGAGAAAUGCUACCUCUCUCCUAUGGCUACAGCCACCCCAAAUUACUUACACUAAUGCCCAUACCCCCUCCGCCACCACAACCCAAAUUACUUAUACUAAUGGUGAUUCUGUACCCCCUCUGCCACCUUCUCUUCCAUAUUCCAGCAUCCUCAUCAAUUCCCGGUUGCCAAGUGUCUAUUCUAUUACUUAUUAAUUCUGAUAAUAAACAGAAUACAACAAAAUUCUGUUUGAUAUUUUCUGCAAUUGAGGUUGAUAUUCAAAGUGAAUAGACUUGAGCAAGAAAUCUGUUGGACAAUUGGUAGUCCUGUUAGUGUAACAGCCAUUUUGUGAGAUUAUUAAUUUUUAUGUUGGCCAUCUGUUUUUAAUCGAUAAUUCAAUUUGGUUGUGAAGGAGAUAUCAGAUAAUUCUGCCUUUGUUUUCUACAUGUCCAAAGGUUUUUACUCUACUUUUCUAUGCAUUUAGGAUGAAAUAGUUUCAUUUCCACUCUAUGUUGAAGCAAUACGCUUUGCCUUUCAUGAGGAGAGCAUGGUUCGUACUGCUGUCCGUACUGUGACCCUUAAUGUUUAUCAUGUUGGGGAUGAAUGUGUUAAUAGAUAUAUAGCCAGCGCACCUCACACUAAUUACUUCUCAAACCUGGUUUCAUUCUUUAGGAAUCAAUGUAUGGAUUUAAAUAGACUGGUCUCUGAGACACUGAAAAAUCCAGGUCCAGAUUCAACCUCUGCAAUUAUUGCUGCUGUAGAUGAAAUUGAGGAUAACCUGUAUUACUUUAGUGACGUUAUCUCUGCUGGAAUUCCUGAUGUUGGGAGGCUAAUAACAGACAGCAUUCUGAUGCUUCUGAUUUUUCCAAUUCUUCUUCCUUCCCUGAGAUUACUGGAUGUUAAUGACAUGCAAAGUGGUGUUGUCACUUCUCUCUACUUACUUUGUUGCAUCUUAAGGAUAGUCAAAAUCAAAGAUUUGGCAAAUACCAUAGUCAUGGCACUUUUUUAUCCCUUAGAGGCCCUUACAACAUUUUCUAGGGGUAAAGUCAAUGGCUAUAUAUCUGAUCGCAGUUUUACAUCUGUAAGCCAAGAACCAGAUAAUGAUAAUAUUGCCAAGUGCAAUGCAGAAUGCUUGACAGUGAAUGUGCCAAACCCUUCUAGUUCUCCAAGUGAAUAAGUAAAAAUUUUCAUG